CUUUCUCUCUCUUUCACUCUCUUUUUGUAAAAAAUGUCUUUUAACGACUUGGAGCAAGGGUAUGGAGUUUCAACCUCCCAAAGAAAUAGACCACAACAACAAGAUGGCGGAGAAAGUGACUAUAAAAACUUGUCGCAAAGAGUGGCUCAACAAGUCUUCCAUAUCAAUGGUAAUAUCAACAGCAUAGAAAGGCUCGUUGGAUUUUUGGGAACAGCAAGAGAUACGACUGACAUUCGAAACAAGCUACAUGACGUAACAGAAGGCACAAGAGAACUGAUUAAAGAUACUACAGCUGAUAUUAAAGGAUUAUCCCAAUAUCCAACCACCGAUCCGAAAAAGACACGUCAAAGAAAACUUGAACAGCAAAAGUUAUCUAAAGAUUUCCAAAAGGUUUUGGCUGAAUUUCAAAAUAUUCAAAGAAUCUCUGUAUCCAAGCAACGAGAAUAUGUUGACAAGAAAAAGGCGACCACGGCUGCUCUUCAAUCCCAAGCUGAUGAGGGCGAGGAUGAGGUACAGCAAGAGCAACAACAACUACUGCAAGCAGAUACUGCUCAAAGACGGGUCCAGAUCGAGGCCUUGGAUAACGAGAUUGAAUACAACGAAACAUUGAUUUCGGAACGUGAGGGAGAGAUUCAAGGCAUCGAACAAGGUAUUACCGAACUCAACGAAAUCUUUCGUGAUCUCGGUAUGCUCGUCAAUGAACAAGAAAGUGGCAUCCAAAGUAUUUACGGUAAUGUUCUCAAUAUUUCACAAAACACAAAGCAAGCUGCGGACGAGUUAACAACGGCCAAUCGUCACCAAAAGAAAGCAAGAAAAAACAUGUGUUGUUUAUUAUUAAUCAUCACGAUUGUUGGUUGUGUACUUGCUUUGAUCAUUGUAGUUGCUAAAUAAACAUACCCUUACACUAUCCGUUUCAUCACCCCAUCACAGCACUUGUCGGGGGCUAUUCCCGAAAAUGUUUCGUUAAGGUUUAUUGUAAGAGUAAACAGCAAAAAAGCCACACAUACACACUGCAUGAAUAUGGAACAAUAAAGGAUCAUCCCCCCCCCUCCUCUUUUCCGGAGAGGAAAUACUUUAAUAGAGUAGCUAUUGACAUUUACAUGACAUGUCUUUUGAAUUGGUGCCCAGGAAUUUUUUUGAUUGGUUGAGUGGUAUCCGGUAAAUAAUGAGAAAUCAUUUUUGAUUCAAAAUAAACUAGUUGUAGCCUAGAGUUUCAUUAUAAGCUAUAGGCAUUUCGGGCAAAAUACAACCAGACAAAAUGAUGUAGAGCAUACACUGUUUUUUGAAAGAAUAGUGGACCUAUGUGAGUAGGUAGUCCAUCUCUACAUAAGCGAUAUCUAUAAGCC